GCGGGGCGCAGAAGAUGGCGGCGGCGGUGCGCGCGGCGCGCGGGAUGGUGAACGGCGGCGGCGCGCGGGAGCAGGCGGCGGCCCUCAGCAGGGACUUCCUGUCGCAGCCGCGCCUCACUUAUAAAACUGUGUCGGGUGUGAAUGGACCUCUGGUUAUCUUGGAUCAAGUUAAGUUCCCUCGGUACGCAGAGAUCGUCCACUUGACCCUUCCUGAUGGCACAAGAAGAAGUGGGCAGGUCCUGGAAGUCAGUGGCUCCAAAGCUGUGGUUCAGGUGUUUGAAGGAACUUCGGGUAUUGAUGCCAAGAAGACGUCCUGUGAGUUCACCGGGGACAUCCUCCGAACCCCUGUCUCUGAGGACAUGCUGGGCAGAGUAUUUAAUGGAUCAGGGAAACCUAUAGACAGAGGCCCCAUUGUGUUGGCUGAGGAUUUCCUUGACAUAAUGGGCCAGCCAAUCAACCCCCAGUGUCGUAUCUACCCAGAAGAAAUGAUUCAGACUGGCAUUUCUGCUAUAGAUGGUAUGAACAGUAUUGCCAGGGGGCAGAAGAUCCCCAUAUUCUCAGCUGCUGGCUUGCCCCACAAUGAGAUUGCAGCUCAGAUCUGUCGCCAAGCUGGCUUGGUGAAGAAAUCCAAGGAUGUGAUGGACUACAGUGAGGAAAACUUUGCCAUUGUGUUUGCUGCUAUGGGGGUGAACAUGGAAACUGCUCGGUUCUUCAAGUCAGACUUUGAGGAAAACGGGUCCAUGGACAAUGUGUGUCUGUUCCUGAAUUUGGCCAAUGAUCCAACCAUUGAACGCAUCAUCACCCCUCGCCUGGCUCUCACAACAGCAGAGUUCCUGGCAUACCAGUGUGAGAAGCAUGUGCUGGUCAUCCUGACAGACAUGAGCUCCUACGCUGAAGCUCUGCGAGAGGUCUCAGCAGCUCGGGAGGAGGUGCCUGGCCGUCGUGGCUUCCCAGGCUACAUGUACACAGACUUGGCGACUAUCUAUGAGCGGGCUGGGCGUGUGGAAGGCAGGAAUGGGUCCAUUACUCAGAUCCCUAUUCUCACCAUGCCCAAUGAUGAUAUUACUCAUCCUAUCCCUGACUUGACUGGAUACAUCACUGAGGGACAAAUCUACGUGGACAGGCAGCUGCAUAACAGACAGAUUUACCCACCCAUUAAUGUCCUGCCCUCCUUGUCUCGACUGAUGAAGUCAGCUAUUGGGGAGGGUAUGACCAGGAAGGAUCACGCAGAUGUGUCCAACCAACUGUACGCCUGCUACGCCAUCGGCAAGGACGUGCAGGCCAUGAAGGCGGUGGUUGGGGAGGAAGCUCUUACCUCAGAUGAUCUCCUUUACCUGGAGUUCCUGCAGAAGUUUGAGAAGAACUUCAUUGCUCAGGGUCCUUACGAGAACCGCACAGUUUACGAGACCUUGGACAUCGGGUGGCAGCUCCUGAGAAUCUUCCCCAAGGAGAUGUUGAAGAGAAUCCCCCAGACAACACUGGCUGAGUUCUACCCUCGUGAUUCGACUGCAAAACACUAGCCACAGCUUCAUCUCCCAAACUCCUUGCUCUGUGAAAUGCUGUUUGUUUCUUUUUUCCAUGUGUUGGUGUUUACUUGUCACCCUUACAAUUAAACCCAAGAGUAGGUGACGUUGUGCCAGUGUUCCAGUGUACACUGAUACCAGUCUUUAAAAUAUCCCUUCUUCCAAAGCCUGGAUCUUGAGGAGGAUCGUUAGGGCAGCUCUCAGACGUGCAAUAGCUAUCACUGAGCAUGUGUGUGGAACUGGACCUUCUGUAGACAUUCCAAGGGGAUGUCUGAGGAUUACCCAAGAUGGCAGAACUUUUACUUUCAAACCAGGAGCAUAUGGGUUAGAAAACACAAAAGAGCAAAUGUGACUUCUUUUGUCCAAAGCAUCUGCUCAGGCUGCUGCAGGACAGAUGGCAGCCCCUGUGCCUGAGGAGCAGGCUGAGGUGUGGAAAGCACAGUGCAGGACAACGUACCCUCCUGGAAAAUGCAAGCCACUGCUUUUUAACUUGAGAUGGCUUAAGGUUCUUGAGGAUAGGCACAACUGAGGACACUAGUGAGCACACUUGGUGCUUCUCCACUUGCCAGAGGUCACAGGCCAGUGAGUUGCUACCUGAAGGUGGUGUGAUAAGGCUUAAUUGCUGAAUGGAAGGUUUUAAAUUGAAGCUUGCACAGUAAGUUUCCUUUUUAGUCUUGGCCCUUUUUCUUCUGGAAAUGCCAGAGACCAAACAGCUAAAGCCUGCUGAGACCAGUAGUGUCCCAGGGGCAGAGCUGUGGGUAGUUCCAGGCUUCGUGCUGCUACUGAGGGGGAUCCUAGGAGCUGUGAAGAGCGUCUCACAGCACAGUCCUGCUGGGAGGUGAGCUUGGAGGGCCUGUCCUGUCCUGUCCCGAGCAGUGUGCCAGGAGACAGCACUUAGAUGUGAAUGGAUAUUUUGAAUUCUGCUAUGAGCAUGCUCCAGGUGGCACUGGGCCCUGAGGGGUGUGAGGAGCUGCUGUGCUUUGCACUCCACGCACAGCUGUGGCUGGCCAGGGCUGCUCAGCAUCCCCAAGCGCUGCAGGUUGGCUGCUCAGUUAGUGUGGGCUUUGCCAGGGGGUUAGAGGAGGCUCUGAGCCCGGUGCUGGCAACUUGCUUGCUUGCUUUAUCUCCAGGCUUAGUGUAGUGUAAGCUCUGGUCUAGCUAACCAAAGCAUGUUGCACCUCUCGGAGCGCCUCCAGCGCGUGUCUGGGAAGGUGCUGAUGUGACUCAGUGGCAGUGAGCUCAUUCCAGCUUUCCCCAGCGUCUCUGAUGUGCAGUUCUCUCUAGUUUGUUCUGUGUUCUCUGUAACUUGGAUGCAACAGCAACUUUUUUUUUUCAGUGCAUUCCACCCUAAAGCUGUGUCAAGUCUUUUUCUUGAGGUGGGGAUGGGAGGUUGGAAGUGUUGGCAUGAGAAUACUUUAAUGUAGAGGAUAUCUAAAUAAAUUAAAUAUUAAAAG